UGUCAGUGUCAAACAAAAAUUUUCUGUCAAUAAAUUGUGAAGAUAGAGUGUUGGAUAAUCACAAAAAGCGCAAUUUAUUUUUGAUAUCUUAGCAAUUAAUAUCCAAAAGUAAUGUUUAAAAUAAUUUCUAGCACUGCGAGUCUUUGCAAGACUCCGUUAUCUAGGUCUCUUCCAGCAUUUUCGACAUGCAGCGCUAGAUUAGCAGGCGUAGAUCCUACUUGUGUCAAAGAAGCGCCUAAGAUUGACAAUGACGCGGUAUUGGCUCUGCCGGAGAAGAAGCAUGAGCUGGAAACACAGGAGUGCACCGUAUGCGUGCCUGCUAAGGUUGACCUGACUCCAAUCACAGGGGUCCCAGAAGAGCAUGUGGUCACUCGUCGUGUACGUAUCUACCAGCCCACUAAAAAUGCCAUGCAGAGUGGUACUAGCAACAUCCAUCACUGGGAGAUGGAGUUUGACAACCGCCAGCGCUGGGAAAAUCCCCUCAUGGGUUGGACUUCCACCGGAGACCCACUUUCAAACAUGAAGGUUCAAUUCGCCAAGCCGGAAGAUGCAAUUGAGCAUUGUGAGAAGAAUGGCUGGGCAUGGUUCCUGGAUCUGCCCAAGAAAGACAAGAGCUUGAAACCUAAAAGCUACGGUCUCAACUUCUCAUGGAAUCGUCGUACCAGGGUCUCCACCAAGUAGACAUGUUAGUACAAUUGUUGAUUUUUUAAUUUAAUUCUAGAGCUAUAGUGGAUUUCCUUGAAAUGUAAUUCACAGAUUAAUUAUUAUUAAAUUCUGGCAAGUU